AUGCCGCCGCCACAUAUGCGACAGGAAAGAUCACCACUCAAACAGUUCGGCCCGUGGUCCGAACAGAUCAGCUCUGGCAACAAAAAGUACUACUACAACAAUGACACUGGGGUUUUCUUUUUCAUUUAUGUCUUAAGCUUUUUUUUAUUUUGAAAUAAAAAAUUUAGCGAUUUGAGGUCUCGCAAUGGAUUAAGCCCAAAGAGUGGAAGGAACACGAGCAACGCCUAGCUGAACAGUUCCGCAAGUCUCAGGUUACUUGAAAUUCUUCAAUAUAGUGAAUUUGAGAGAAUUUUCCCUUUCAAGUCUGAUUUUUCCCACUUUUAAUCCUAGAACUUCGGCAGUCCUAUGAUGAAUAUGCCGUUUUGGCCAAUACCGCCUCCUUAUUAUCAAAACUCGUUUGGACCGCCCCCUCCUAAUUAUCCACCGCCUCCCGGUCUGCGGUUUUUCCAUUCAUUACUUGUUUCACUUCAAAGACUUUCUUUAAAAAAAGUUAUUUUUGCAGGACCACCAUAUUUCGGAAACUAUUGCCCAACGCCUACUCACCGACCCUUCAGAAACUCGUCAGUUUUCCGAAUUUGGACCUGAUAUUUGAAUUCCAAUCUUGAUUUUAGCGGUUCUCGGUUUCCACGACAUGAUCCUGUCCGUUCCAACGAAAAUGUCGGGAAUUCUACGUUUCCUUUCGCAAUCGCCCCUCCUCCUCCUCCGGUUGUCAGUUUUUUUCCCAUACUCCCAGAAUUUUCCAUCGAAUCUGUUUUGUUUGCAGCGACACGGAGAAAUUGCAAGAUCUUAUCAUUUUUCCCGCUUCUCGCACAGAAAUACCUUUCUUUUCUGAGUGUUCCUGUACAAAAUGUUCCCACUAUUUAAUCCGAACUUUAUUUAUUUUUCAUGCCGAAAAACUCUCUGUUGAACGAUCUCCUGAUAGUAUCAAUCUGUACACAAUUCUGAAUUUCGAGGAAAAAAUUCUCAAGUUUUUACCAUCUCUUUUUUACUGAGAAUUCAAGACGUCCAACCAGGACUUUUCUUGAUUUUUUAGCUUCUUCAUUCAGUACCAAAAAUGUGCUCCUUUUAGAAAAUAUCAAACUUCCGAGUAAAAAGGCUUUUUUGGGAAUAUUUUAGAAAAAAUCACUUUUUAGGAGUUGCAGCCACCUCCGCCUGUGACUCAUAAAGAACCUUUGAGGUUCGUCAGAAAAUUUUAAAUAUUUCUAUUAUUUUUUUUUUGAGGUCAAUACCUGAGAACACGAAAAGUAGGAGCAAUCGUCAGGUGGAUUUCUGUCUAUUUUUCCAUCAGGAGAGCUUGAAUUUUAGAAAGGCAGCUCUACUUCUAAGAACGAGAUGAACAGCUCAGCAUCGGAGAAAAGCAACGCGAAACCUUGUUCGAAGUUUCUUUCUCCAAUUUAUUCUCUUAAUGAUAAUUUUUUUUUGAAGACAAUCGAUUUCUGUUACGAAAUCGACUUUUUCGAAUAAGGAGAUGCUGAAUUCGGAAAUGGUUAUCAUAUAACGAUAACUGAUCGUGAAAAUAUAAAUCUCAGGAAACGUCGAAAUCUUCCGCGGCUCCGUCGGCUGCUCCUCCGUUGCCCAUUCAUCUCGCUAUCAGAGCUCAGUUUCCGGAAUUUUACGAAAAAAGACGAGGUUUUCUUCACAGAUUAUUUUAUUUCAAAACUCGUUUUCAGUGGCCAAGAAAACUGCGCCUAUACCAAAAGAGCUCUGGAGCAAAAUGAAAAGACUUGCUGAACCGGCCCUUGCCGCCCCGAAACUCAAGAAGUUGGGAUUAUUGGAGAUGGAAAAGAGUAAGAGUGUAAGUUUUCCGUGAAACGACUGUUCAAAACUCGAAAAAUGACUUUCCCAUUGAAUUUUUUGGAGAAUCCAACUCGAUAUCUUUCACCUUAUAUGCCGUGGUCGAAGUACUUCCGUGAAAAGCGAAAUUAUCUCUAACUCUCCAAAAUUCAGUUGUCUUUUUCUUCGUCUAACGGCCAUUUUAAAUUUCGCCAAAUAACUUUGUACACGGCUAUAAUAAGUCUGAACGCAGUUUUUCUAUGAUUUCCUGAAAGUUCAUAAGGAUUUUUUGAGUUUUAAAAAAGUGCUCUUUUCAUCUCUCCUGCUGAGAUAUUUUUUUAUUUUUAUUGUGAAGGAACUUGCUGACAAUUUUUUUACAACCAGACAAUUUUUUUACAAAUUAAAAAAAUGAAAAUGAAACAUCAACGGUUCCUGAGUCAUCACAAGAAAAUUAAUAUUAAAUUUCUUUUUUUCUGUUUUUCAAGAAGUUGAUGGUUCUGAAAAACUAUUGACAAUCAUUGUACGUUUUUUUUUCUGAAAAAAAUCGCGUUAUUUCGCUUUGUCAUAGAAUUGAGAAUGUUCAAUUGUAUUAUCUGUGUUUGUUUGGUUUGGCGUGAGAUAGUGAUACAAAGGCGCGUGAGUGGAUAAUUGAAUUGUAAAAAAAAAACUUGCAAACAAAUUAGAAAUUUUUUGAAAGUCACGAGAGUUAUUCAUUCAAUUAUUUUCUCGAAGAUCAAACAGCCAUAUUUCCGAUGUUUUCGCGCUGACGAGAACAUUUCUAUCGGAUUGCAUGGUUUUUUUUUUCAGAUUUCUAGACGAGAAGCCGAGAGAGCUCUCCAGAGAAAAAGCAACAAACGCGAGAUAUCGUUCAUCGACUAUGAGAAACGUCUGGCUGAAUCGAAACUCCGCAGCUUGCGGGUAAGUCCAUUAUUGGCCUUUUAAGCAAAUGAGAAAUGGACUGACAUUUUUUUCAUAAAUGUCUUCGACGGUGUUUUCCAGCAUACAACUUUGUGGCUGAAAGGCAAAGUCUCGGACGUUCAAAAGAUUGGCGCCGCGGAAGCCUACCGCCCGGCGUUCUUCGGAAUCUCCGCAUACUCUCCUCCGCCAGACGACUUCCUCGUUUCUCCUGCCUUGAAGAAACCAAAUCCAGGGCCAAGCAAAUAA